AUGGCAUCCUUCCAGCCAGUGUUCUUGUGUGCUUUGGUACUGCGAGCACUGCGGUUUUGUAUAGCAGAUGAUAGCCAAGGCUCUCUCCCCUCGCUAAGGGUGAACAAAGACGCAUCUGGUCUUUACUACAUCAACGCAUCUGUAGGUACCCCAGGCCAAAUGCAAAUGCUUCGAGUGGACGUCGUGCAGCCAUACACGUGGCUCCUUGCUAAGCAAUUCGGGUCAGUACUCUUUGAAGAGGAGGGCGUCGCCGAAGGCUCUACGUUUUACAAUUCAGACGACAGUUCAACCGCGCUUAACAUCUCAAAUGGCCAAAUUUCCGAGUUCGCAUUCAUGGACCGCAUCUCCUUCAAUAGUUCCGCUUACAGCGACACUCUGGAACUUGUGUCGGUAGACCAGAUCGGUACUUCAAGCUCAAGCGAAGCGAGUAACGGUACGGUGAAUUGGCGCACUAACUCGAGUUCUCUGUGGUUCCAAGAUUAUGCGUUCUUUGGUGCCACCGAGGCGACGUAUGGUUUACUACAAGGAGCCCUAGGGCUAGGUGGGAAAAUCAAUUAUCCUGGCAAUGUCGUCGACUCCUCUCAGUACAAUAGGUCGUACUACUUCUUGGAUCAGAUGGCCUCUAACGGUUUGAUCAACUCGUCUUCUUACUCGCUUUGGAUGGGAGGAGAUACCGUCAAUCCGAUAAGCUUUUUCGAGGGUCUUGAAAAUUGUGGUAAACUUAUCCUGGGCGGAGUCGACCGCUCCCUAUACACUGGCGAUUUCGUCAAGUUCGAUACUUUGCCAUUCGUGAACAGUUCCAGUGGGUUUUCUUCUAGGGGCUACCCAAUUAUCCCGCUUAACAAAGUCAGUGUGCGCAACAGCGCUGGUCAUGUUCUAAAUUUAACCUCCGAUUACUUUUUAGAGCCCGUUCUGCUUGAUUCCCGAUACCGCUACAGUUUCCUGCCUCUAAGCUUGAUCAUUCAGAUCGCUGUACAAGCGAAUGCGUAUUACGUCGAGUCUUUGGACCGUUGGCUUCUGGCUUGUGAUGUGGCUUCGAUGGACGCCUCCAUCCUUUUCCAGUUUGGAAAUUUAAUUAUCAACGUCCCUCUGAGGGACCUGAUGGGUCCAACAUACGACCCUGCCACUAACGACAGCUUACAUUUCUCUAACUCACAACCCGCAUGCGAGCUGCGUUUGCUGCCGGAGACGAACAUCGGCUUGAGCAUUCUUGGCGGAUCGUUUAUCAAAAACGUAUAUCUGGCGGCCGAGCUCGAGAGUCACCAAAUCGCAUUGGCGCAGGCCUCUACACUGCCGAGAAUCACAACUGAAACCACAUCAUCCACAUCCUCCACGUCAACGUCGCUGUCAUCGCACACAUCUUUCAGCGAUGCGAGUUUCUAUACCAGCGGCCAAUCACAUAUUGAACACCGGGCUGUGUCCACUGCUGAAGACGCAUCUGCCAUCAAAUCGGGCGUAAUUCCCUUCGCCACAAGCAAUAACUACUCGUCUUAUGAGACUUUAGUUCUAUAUGCGUCCACUGCGGAGCCAGCCGCUAGUUGCAGCUUAGUGAACCAGUUUACAGCCACAAUUUCAUCUGACGGCGUCAUUUUCACUGGGAAAGUCCUAUACAACACAAGCUACACAACUGGUACCACAUCGACAUUUAGCCGACGCAGACAUCAUAACAGUGCCAUCAAGACCGCCUCCUUGAGCUCUCGCACAUGGAAUAAAACAUGCGCCUAUCUGACGCUGAUCCCACUGGUAAUAACAGCGACAAUGGUGCUAUCAAUCUGA